CUCCUCCUCUGCAUGUUGCUGCUGCUGCUGCAGCUGGUUUCAGGAAGCGGAAGCAGGAAUGUUGGAGUGUUUUUGAGAAAAGUUUGGACACUUUUGACCAUUUGAGCUCAGACUCGAUUGAAUUGCGGAGAAACGUGACGCCAUGCCAACAGCUGCAGAUGUUGCUGCAGAUUCAUCAGUCCUCUGAAUGAAUGACAAAAACCACACACGUCAAAAUGGAUGUCGAAGUUCUAGAUAGACACACCAGCAGUGUUCCAGAUCCCACUGUGGGGCCGGUGACAGUGGCCAAUGAGCGCCGUCAAGCCUGGGCCAGAAGCCGGGACUCCAUUGGGCAAGGGUCGAAAGCAGACAGCUGUGACCCCCAGCGGGCCCAGCACAUGGAAAGUAAUGGGGAUACACAGAGCCAAGAACCAGGACAAGUUCCUAACAAGAUUGCAACAUGGCUGGUUGAUUGCAGAAGUCCUCUUGGAGCCUCUCUAGAUGAUCAAAGUACUUCUCCCAGCAAAGGAGUGAAGAUCGGCCGUAGCUUUGAAGAUGACCUUUCAUUGGGAGCUGAAGCCAAUCAUCUUCAGUCCAAAACUAAUAAAGCUGAAGCCUGUUUUGAUCUUGUGGCGGAUCAGAAGAGGACUCGGUAUAAAGAGAAGGGGAGAAGUAUGAACUCCACAGGAUCAGGGAAAAGCAGUACUGUAUCCAGUGUUUCAGAGUUGCUGGACCUGUAUGAGGAGGAUCCUGAAGAAAUUCUUUUAAAUCUGGGAUUUGGUCGAGAAGAACCCGACCUGUCCUCGAAAAUUCCGCCACGGUUCUUCAACAGCAGCUCUUCAGCUAGAGGGAUUGAUAUCAAGGUCUACCUGGGAGCUCAGCUGCAGCGCAUGGAACUGGAAAACCCCAACUACGCUCUUACCAGUCGUUUCCGUCAGAUCGAGGUCUUGACGACGGUCGCCAACGAGUUCUUCCAGCUCUACAGUCAGGUUUCUGGACAACCUGUCCACAAACUCGUCUGCAAGGAUGAAGGUGGAGAAGGAGAAAAGGGGGCUCAAGGAGGAAGUGGGGGUGAAGAACCGUCUCCUCUGAAGAGGAAUAACUCGGCAAAGAACAUGGCUAAACUCAUAAAGAAACUAAGCAGACAAAACCUGCUCGGAUCGGCCUCAGAGUCUCCAGAGGGGCUCUCGCCGAAACAGCACGCGCAACUGAACGGACACGCUGCCUCCCCUGAUGCUGCACAGGUCAACGGUCACCCUCGUAGCGGUACGGAACACGAUCGGCCCAGCACCAACUCUGACCACCAGGGGGAGAUGGUUAGCCAGAAACACAUUCGCAGGAAAGAUAAUUUCCCACUAGCUACAGUUACGGAGGAAACCAGCGGAGGGGGAGAGGGUGAUCGGCUAAUGGAAAGCAGUCCUGAACAGAGCAGAACUGGACCAGAGGACCAGCCAGAUUCAGCUGACCUUCACUUAACACAUCAGAAGGAAGGCAAUCAAGAGGCCAAAGAGGAAGUUGACCUCACUUCCACCCCUGAGAAAGGUCCCUCCAAGCUCGCCCCACCCCACCUCGCCCAGCUUCGCAUAGAGAACGCGGACUCCUUUGACAUGGAGGAGAUUCAGACUAAUGACGACGAGUCGGUGCCACCCAGAACAUCCAGAACCACUGACUUGUCAAGGACCGUUAGUCAACAGUCUGACAGCAGUGGUUUUGCUGAGGAGCCUUCUGGUGACUCCAGCAGCUACCUCAAGGUUCAGGAGAGCUGUGACAGCUGUGACAGUGAGACCACUGUGACAUCACACCCGUCACAAGACGUGGCCACGCCCCAGCCGCUCGAGCAACCGGCAUUUGAGCUUCCAGAUGGCAGAGAGGACGAGGCGGGGCCUGGUGCUCUUGCCAAGGCUGAACAAAUUGUUACUUCCAUGGAAGAGGAGGUGCACAAAGAGAGCUUGGAGCAGGUUCCACAGUACACAGUUCACCAACUUCCCACGAGCAGACUUGCUGGAGAAGGAGGGCAACUGGAUGGCUGGGGCAGAACUGAUCCAGACUCAGAAUCACAACCGGAUCAAACUCAGAGAGUGCCUGCUUAUGAGCAAGAACCACAACCAGUGAUAGUAAACACUCAAAAUCAGCCUAUUUUAGAAGAAGAACUACAGUGCAAUGAGCCCCAGACUCAGAUAGAUACAGAAAACCCCACAGUGAAAGUUGAGGAAAAGGCUCUCGAGUCUGGUUCUGUCGGUCCGGUUUUUUGUGCACUGAAUCGAGCCAAACAAAAUCAGCUGAAGCAGUUGGGUCAGCACAAUAGCAUCCAGAGCGACAGCCCCCCCCAAACUCCUGGAAGACAAUCAGGUAGACGUAAUUUAAUCCCCAUGGAGAGGUCUUCCUCCCUACCUUCCUCUCUCCUCUCACCCUCUAAAGUUGUGUCUUCUGUCAGGAUCCAAUUCGCUCAAGGCGAAGCAUUCUGUACCCCACCCAGGUACUCCUUUAAAUACACUGAGGAGGAUGGAGAACAAAAGGAAGAUGAGGUGGUGGUUGAGAAAGAUGAGGGGGAACAAAGAAACUGUCGGUCCACUCUGAUCAUAAACCCUGGUUCUAAAGAUAAACCACCAGCUCCCAUUCCUCCUAAACCCAUCCCUCGCUACCUGAUGCGACCAUCUCAUUCCAUGCAUGGCUCCAGCCCUCCUCCUGAUUGGUCCCCAGGACACAGCCAGUCCUGGAGCACCCAGAGUGUUCCCGAUCUGUCAUCCAGUCAUCAGCAGCCUAGCCACUUCCAGCUGAACACCAACCAAAACCAACAAAGUUGGAGUCCAAGCAACCCGAUGCCCCCAAAACACAGUGCUUCAGUGCUGGGCUCUGAAACCAGCCUCUUUCCUAGUCUUAGUUCUUACCCCUAUUCUCCAUACCAGUAUGUCAGUCCUCCUUACGUUUCUAACCAGCACAACCCUUCAGUCUGUCACUACUCUAGUCUUACCAGUCUGCACCAGCCCACAACUCCCCCAGUCCCACCACACGGCAGCCUCAUCAACUUACAUCAGCCCCAUCCCUCCUCAGCUCCUCACGACAUCGGUUUGGGUCCCUUACCUCCUGGAACCCCUCCGAUGCACCUACAGGGAUACCACACCUCAUUCAGUCAUUCAUUACCUUUCCCCGCUGCUCCUUACGGGCACCAGUUUGGUUCCCCAUAUUACGGUACACAAGGGUACAACGUGAGCCCCCAUCUUCUCCCUGGGCUCCCUCCUACUGCAGCACCAGGUUCGGGACCAGGACGAUGCCCGUCCAGCACCGAGAUGCAGCUGAGGAAGGUUCUGCAUGAGAUCAGGGGAACGGUUCAGAGUCUCAGUCAGAGCCGGAUCAAUUCUCCUGAUUUGUUUGGUGAGCUCAGAGCAACUGCCACCAGCCAGCAGUCUCUGGCAGAGUUUCAGCAGAAGAGGCGCAGUCUCAACAUGUUCCGCAAUCAAAUGAUGGACCUGGAGCUGUCAAUCAUGCGGCAGCAGGCUGUCGUUUACAAGCACCUGAGUCCUGCUGACAGGAUAGAGGCAGAGCAGCUUCAGUGUCUGAGGUCAGCGGUCAGAGAGGAACUCCAGGAGCUGGAACAACAGCUGGAAGACAGACUACUGGAUCUAACGCCGCACUCACAUCUCAGAGGUCUUCAUAGAGACAGCAGUGUCGAGAGCCUGUCCACUGCAUCUGCACUGAGAGCCAUGGAGCCGGUAUCAGACCUCCUCAGAGAGCAGUUCUUCCUCCAGUCAGAGCUAGGCUACAAUGGCCGCGGCCCCUCCAGCGUCCCCUCCACCCGCUCGCCCAGUCCGGUCGGAAGAGAAGGAGACGAUGGCAAGCAGAGGCAAGGGGUGUAUCGUGCAUCAAUCAACAUAACCCCUGCCCCUCCUGGUCGACCUAACAUGCACAUGGAGGAGGGUCAGAGAGACAGUGAAGGGGUUGAAGAAGAAAAAGGAGGAGACAAAAAUGAGGCACCAGAGAGGGAAGGAGACGCAGGAAAAUGCAGAGCCGAGAACUUUCAACAGCUUAUUAGAGAGAUCCGAGAGAGCUUGGCCCAGGAGGUCCGACGGGAGAUCUACAACGAGCUGCUGGCUGCUGCGUCUCCACAGGGCUCACCCUUUUCUGCCCGGCAACACCCUGUGUAGCCCCGCGGAACGUCACCUCCGCCUUAGUAACCGCAGCCUGAACAAAAACCACUGCCUGUCAUUAACACUGUACACCCGAGUAACACUGUACAACGCUAUGUGCUUGUGGCACUGUAUGUUGGUAACACUGAUGAUCCAUCUGUGGCGAACCCCUCCAACACCACCCGUGGCACCACCUCCAGAAUUCCUGACCCCACAGAUGUCAGGCUUCCACUUUUCGGAUUAUCAGUCAGAAUGUGUCAACUUCUCACCUCUUUUUUUUUUUUCUCUUUUGUUAUAUAAAAAAAAAAAGCUGUGGUCAACAUCCAUAACAAUUCAGCUACCACUACUGCCACUAAUACUACGAGUACUUCAUCUAGAAUCACCACUACAAACAGCAUCUUGUAUGAAAGUAGUUAUACAAUACUUCCUAUUUUCUUGCACUUAUGUUCAUUUUAAAGAUUGCUGUCUUUUUUAAUUUGUGCCUCUAGCCAAACUGAUUGACUUGUAAUUUGCUUGAAUUUAAAUUUAAAAUGUUUUUGUACAUGUUGAACCUGUUAGUUUGAAGCAGAUUACGUAUCUGGUUCAUACAGUCAUAUUUAUGUUUUAUUUACAACAAAAAACUAGCAGUAAGUAAAAAUAAAAAUAUUUUAAUAAAAAUGCUGCUCUGCAGGGUGAGGCAGAAAUUAUUCAGACAAAUGUCGUAAAACUUAAAGGAAAAGAAGCUAUGAUUUAAUCCGUCAUGGAUUGAGUCUUUAACAUCUCUUAACAUCCUCUCAGAAUGUGCUAAUGGAUGAUUUGGUGAAAGUUUUCUUUGCUCAGUUUUAAUCAGAGCUUUCUCAGACUCACUGUGAGCAUUUUUGUUGUUUUUGGUCUUUUUUCACUUCUUCCAUGUACAUAUCACCUUAGGAAAUGCAGUUUUGACCAGUUUUAUAGAGAAAUUGGCAGAAUUAUUAUGCAUAAUCAUCCUCAUCACAAUCAUCAUCGUCAUGCUUCUGCUUCAAUCACCACCUUUCAGUCACCUUAUAGAAGAGAAGGUUGCUCCAACAAUUGGGGUUAUACCGUUAAACUGAUGAAUAAAAGUGUAAAAACAAAAUCAAAAUGAUAGAUGUCUCAAAUUUCUGAUUCCAAAAAAAAUCAUUUUUAUUUCUGCACCAUGCAAUUAAAAAACAGCAGCGUUAAACAGCAUGAACAUUUCCUCAAAGGGGCUCAGUUGAACAGUUUUCCUUGUUUUCAGCUGGUUUACAAUCUCUUAACUACUUCUGACAUGGGUUGUUUUGUGUGUGGCGAGCAAGGUGUAGAAAGUGAUCAAUGCGUUUUACCGAGAGGUGCUGAGGGUUAAAGGUCAGAGGUUAGAGUAAGUUGAAGUGAUGAGGAUGGCUAUGUUUGAGCUUUUGCUGCGUCAGCAUGUUAGUUUCAUUUGGAUGACAAAUGCGUGCAAUAAUGUAAACGUAUUGACUCUAUUUUGUUGAAGUUUUUGUUAAUUUUCUUAGAUUCUCAGUGGGUCAUUGCAAACAUUUCAGAGGUACUGCACCUCUAAUAUAGAAGACUCCACUGAAUCAGCAGAACACUUUGAUCAAAUUAUGUUAAAUACUACUUUUCUUUCCCUAAAGCAUUAAAAGUGGGAGUUCAGUUUCUUUGUGGUGCUUCACAGGUUUUUGAGCAGACAGUUAUUAAAUUAAGAGGGAGACGGACUGUACACGUAUAAGUUGAACGUGAUUGGCUGAGACUUCUAACUUUAUUUUUUUCCUCUUCUUAUUUGGACAAUAACUGUACAAAUGUUUUGCACAAGACCAGAAUAUUUGUAAAUUUCUCUGCUGAGAGCUGAUUUGCAUUGGGAGGAUUUAUGUAAACUUUAAACUUAAGCUCAAAGUUUAGCUUGCUAUUGCAGAGCUGAGUUAUCAGUCCCAUUUACAAAUGUUCUGCAACAUGUACAUUUGGCUCAGGUGUAAUCAUCAUGUGGCCUGAAAACAUUUUUCCAGGCCUGGGAGCUCUCCAGAUUUUUAUUAACGCAACCUUUGAGCCUGCUGUCAUGUUCACAAACACAUAUCUGCUGGACAAACACUGUUUAUCAUUUUUAGAUCAAGAAUCCACUCUUAAUUACACUUUACUGUCUGAAUGUUGGUGGUUAUAAAUUUCUGUCUAUGUCUAAUAAUGAUGAUGAUGAUGAUGAUGAUGUGUAUUUUGUAUCAAUGUCGUCCUAAGUGUGAUAUAGGGAGGGGUCACUGUAGAGAUGAUAAUAAUAAAGAUAUAUUUAUUUUCAGUA